AUCAUCAGCUGAUGGUUUGCUUGGUUCGUGUUUAUUCACAUUCUGCCUUUCAUUCUGUUCGGUUCGGUUCGGUUCGGUUUGGUGCCGUGUCCUGGAGCUACAGUUUUUGAGUUCGUUCAGUUUGAAAACGCAUCAAACUAUCCUUCAUUCAUUAAACAUAACAUUAACCCGGGCAGACAUUUGAGUUUCGUGCCGUGUCCGUGUAUCGUUGUUUUGCAUAAUCAUUCAAGAGUGUUAUCUUGUUGGUUCAUCUGCUGACGUGCCUCAAGCGGCGACAGUCGGGCGACGAUUCCGUCGGGAAGUGAAAUACUACAAACGGGAUGGCCAGUGGCAAGUACAACUUUGCAAUCGAUCGAGGAGGAACCUUCACCGAUGUUCUGUGCAUAACGCCGAACGGAACCAUCCGGACGCUGAAACUACUGUCCGAAGAUCCGGCUAACUACCCGGAUGCACCGACGGAAGGCAUCCGACGGAUUUUGGAACAGGAAACUGGUCUAUCGAGUACAGCGCAAGGAUUGGUCAAUACCGAUCUGAUCGGUUGGGUUCGAAUGGGAACAACGGUCGCCACCAAUGCACUGCUGGAAAGGGCCGGUGAUCCAGUGGCUCUGGUGGUGAACCGCGGUUUCCGUGAUUUGCUUCAGAUCGGAAACCAGGCGAGACCGAGUAUCUUCCAACUGAACAUCCAGAAACCCUCCAACCUUUACCAGCAGGUGAUCGAAAUAGACUGCCGCCUGGUUCCGGCUCAACAGGGCAUCUGCGAACUGGAACACAACUGGCCCGAACGGCCGGGUGCUUCUGAUGCGUGUUACCUGGAAAUGGGUCCAAUCGAUGAGGAGCAAAUCCGUGCCAAACUGGUGGAUGUAUUCGACAAAGGAAUCACUUCGCUUGCCGUCGUUUUAGCCCACAGCUAUGCUUGUCCCAUCCACGAGCUUCAGGUUGGUGCCAUAGCGGAGCAGAUCGGAUUUCGUCAUGUGACCUUGUCUCACAAAGCGAUGCCGAUGUGCCGGUUAGUGGCUCGCGGCUUCACUGCCUGUGCCGAAGCGUAUUUGACGCCGCAUGUCGAGCGGUAUUUGGCUGGUUUCAGGGCUGGAUUCAAAGAUCAACUGCAGGGUGUGGAUGUUCUGUUUAUGCAAAGCGAUGGUGGAUUGACGAGAAUGGAAAAUUUUCGAGGAGCACGGGCUAUUCUCAGUGGGCCGGCAGGUGGCGUAGUCGGAUAUGCGGUGACGGGAUCGAGAGAUUCCGAGCGUCAACCGCUGAUCGGAUUUGACAUGGGUGGAACGUCAACCGAUGUUUCCCGAUUUGCAGGAACCUAUGACCAUGUAAUAGAAUCUACGACUGCAGGGGUCACGAUCCAGGCACCACAACUGGACAUCAACACAGUAGCUGCCGGUGGUGGAUCGCGAUUGUUCUUUCGAUCAGGCUUAUUUGUAGUAGGUCCGGAGUCUGCAGGAGCGCAUCCUGGUCCUACGUGUUACAAAAAAGAUGGGCCUCUAACCGUUACCGAUGCCAAUUUGAUUCUGGGACGUUUGUUGCCGGAGUAUUUUCCAAAAAUUUUCGGUCCCAGUGAAAAUGAAGCGUUGGAUUACAUUGCUACGAAAGAGGCAUUCAUCACUUUACAAGAGGACAUCAACCGAUAUUUGCUGGAGUCGGGUGCAAGAGAGCGUCCUUUGACGAUACAAGAGAUUGCCAUGGGUUUCAUACGAGUGGCAAAUGAAGCAAUGUGCCGACCAAUCAGAGCCAUAACGCAAGCUCGUGGAUUGGACACUUCCAAACAUGUGUUAGCUUGUUUCGGCGGUGCUGGAGGACAACAUGCUUGCUCCAUUGCUAAAGAACUCGGCAUGAGUAAGGUUCUAGUGCAUAAAUAUGCUGGAAUACUGUCCGCCUAUGGUAUGGCUUUGGCAGAUGUGGUACAUGAAAUUCAAGAGCCAGCAGGGGUGGAGUUAAAUGAAACGAAUCGUCUCAUGAUCAAAGAAAAGCUAGACGAACUAUCGCUAGUAUGUAGAAAUCAUUUAGCCGAUCAAGGAUUCACGGAUGAUGCGAUCGUUCUGGAACCGUUUCUUCACCUGCGAUAUGAGGGAACCGAUUGUGCUUUAAUGUGUUCACCAGACAAGGUCAUCAAUAAUCAAACAAAUUACAUCUACACUUACGGUGAUUUCGAGAAGACUUUUUUCAGUCGAUACAAAAACGAAUUUGGAUUUGUUCUGGAACACAGGAAGAUCAUUGUCGAUGAUAUACGGGUCCGUGGAUCGGGCAAAUCUGCCGUUUUUGAGGAAACAGAUAUUCGCGAAGCAGAUGAAGCAAUUUAUCCCUUAAAGACUACAACUACAUUUUUCGAGGAAGGACCAUUGGUCACUCCAGUGUUUGAUUGUUCCCAGCUUUGCCGAGGACACAGUGUUCAAGGCCCUGCUAUUUUGAUUGACAAAUUGUCAACCAUAGUGAUAGAGCCAGAUUGCCAUGCCUUGGUAACAAGCAAAGGUGAUUUGAUAAUAGAAAUUGGUUCGUCAAAUGGGAACAAAAGAAUUGAUGACCGGUUGGAUGCAGUGCAGUUAAGUAUUUUCAAUCAUCGUUUCAUGAGUAUUGCCGAACAAAUGGGACGAGUUCUUCAGCGAACGGCCAUUUCUACGAACAUCAAGGAACGGUUGGACUUUUCGUGUGCUCUGUUCGGACCUGAUGGUGGUCUAGUUAGCAAUGCUCCCCACAUACCCGUCCAUUUGGGUGCUAUGCAGGAAACCGUCCAAUACCAAAUCGGUGUAAGGGGAGACACACUGAAAGCCGGAGACGUUCUGCUGUCAAAUCAUCCUCAGGCCGGAGGUUCUCAUCUGCCAGAUUUGACGGUUAUAACUCCGGUGUUCUAUCCGGAAAUUGCGAAGCCUGUAUUUUUCGUAGCUUCUCGUGGUCAUCACGCGGAUAUUGGAGGAAUCACGCCGGGAUCGAUGCCGCCUCAUUCAAAGUCUUUGUCGCAGGAGGGUGCAGCUUUCAAAUCAUUUUUGCUAGUUGAUGGAGGAGUGUUUGCUGAGGCUGAAAUUACCAAACGACUUGUGACUCCCACGCGUGCUCCCGGUGCGACCGGAACAAGAAAUUUGUCCGACAAUUUGUCCGAUUUGAAAGCUCAAAUUGCCGCUAACCAGAAGGGAAUUCAGCUGGUGGCAGAACUAAUAGACAGCUACGGGUUGAAUGUUGUCCAAGCGUACAUGGGAUAUAUGCAACAAAAUGCCGAACUGGCCGUUCGAGAUAUGCUGAAAGAUAUUGCCAAAGAAGCUAAAUUAAGAACCGGUUCAACAAUUCUACAGGCGGAAGAAAACAUGGAUGAUGGAACUCCGAUUCACUUGCAAGUUACAAUCGACGAAGAGAAAGGAUCUGCUAUAUGUGACUUUAGCGACUCCGGUUAUGAAGUUUACGGUAACUGUAAUGCACCCCAUGCCAUCACCUUGUCAGCACUGAUCUACUGUCUUCGUUGUAUGGUCGGCCAUGACGUUCCACUCAAUCAGGGCUGUCUGACACCGAUACGGGUUAUUAUACCGAAAAACUCUAUACUGGAUCCAUCGGAUGAUGCCGCUGUGGUAGGUGGAAACGUGUUAACUUCUCAGCGCAUCGUGGACACCGUUUUCAAGGCAUUCGGAACCUGUGCCGCAUCUCAGGGUUGCAUGAAUAAUAUCACCAUCGGAGAUGAGAAGUGGGGAUACUAUGAAACCGUAGCUGGAGGAAGUGGAGCUGGUCCCGGCUGGCACGGAACGGGAGGUGUCCACACCCAUAUGACCAACACUAGGAUUACUGAUCCGGAAAUUUUGGAACUACGUUAUCCUAUUAUUCUGAACAAAUUUUCACUAAGAGAUGACCAAUCGGGUGGUGUAGGUUUAUAUGCUGGCGGCGAAGGUGUUCACCGGGAACUACUAUUUCGAAAACCGAUGACUCUUUCAGUUUUAACUGAAAGACGAGCUCUGGCACCAUAUGGAAUGGCUGGAGGUGGACCCGGCAAGAAGGGGUUGAAUUUGCUACUGAAAAAAGAUAGAAUCGUAAACUUGGGUAGCAAAACGUCAGUUGCAGUGGAUACCGGAGACAUUUUCUCGAUGAAAACGCCAGGUGGAGGUGGCUACGGACGACCGUCUUCGGGUGCAUUUCCUCUGCUUGAUCUAGUUGAUAAUGAUCCAUCGAAGACAUUCGUUGAGCGCGGUAGCGUUUUCGAGUAUCGUAUUGCACAGGAGUCAGUUUGAUGGUACGACGUAGGAUUCAAUUUUAAUCUUUAUCUAGUUUUGAUAGUAAUUUUAAUUAUGAUCGUUGUUGUGAUGUUCAAGUAGCAUUUCACAGAAGGUGCCAAACCGUUUGAAUAGUGAUGUAGAUGAAAAUGGUAGUGAGAUUUUAAGAGUGCUUUAGAUAAUCUUCCAUAUCGUACUUAUUAUAUACGACUCAGGAUGAGCAGCAACGUCACGUUGAUACAAGAACAUGUUAUAUCCAUAUACAAAUUUAUAAUCCAAGUCUUCAAGAUUCGAAAGUUGAAUGGUACAACGAUGUGCUAAUUAGAAUUUGCCAAUUAUUCAUAGCUAAUAAGUAACGAAGCACAAACUGAAACAAUAGUGUUCUAACAUUCUUAAACUGAUUUUAGUCAAACUAGCCUUAUAGAACUCUUUUACUGCACAAAAAAAAACGUUGCAUUAUGAUGUUAUAACCCAGUGCCGAAAUUGUAUUCAUCAAACUAUUUGGAGUGAAAUUUAGCCAUUGGAUUUGAAACUUGUACAAACCUCGAAGUCCAAAUAUAUAAUCUACUAUAUCGA